AUGGUUCACGGUCACACUGUCGUGGUGUCGGCUCCGGGAAAGGUGCUCCUUGCCGGUGGUUACAUUGUUCUCGACCGCAAGCAUACCGGCUUGGUCUUUGGGCUCAGCGCCCGCAUCUCAGUGCUCGCCCAGCGCAUCCCCACCAGCGAGGGCGUCCACCUCUCGGAGAUCGUCGUGCAGAGUCCCCAGUUCGUUAACUCAACCUGGAGAUAUGGCUACCACCUCGUUGGCCACGACGGUGGCAUCAAGGUCACCCAGCUGCAAUCCAAGGAUGAUAUUGUCAUGCCUAAUCAUUUCAUUGAGACAACACUCAAUUAUGUUCUCACUUACAUCGCCAGCGUGGACAAGUCCCGCGCCGAGCAUGGCUUCUCCCCGGCCUCGCUGAUCGUUCUGGCUGAUAAUGACUACUAUUCCGAGCCCCGACAGAUGGAGAGUGCCGAACGACUGACAUCCGGCCCGCCACUUAGCGUCCUCCAGAGUGAAAGCCACGAGGCCGGUUCGUCAACGGAGACGCCCCCAACCGAAGGGUCUCGGCCCCGCUUCCGGCACUUCGGGACCACUAUUAGCGGUGCCCACAAGACCGGACUCGGCUCCUCAGCCGCUAUCGUCACUGCCCUGACUGCUGCGCUGCUUUCACACUACCUAGGCUCUGUGGUCUUUGACGUCAACUCGGAUGAGGGCAAGCGCAUCUUACAUAACUUGGCUCAGAUUGCGCACUGCUCCGCCCAAGGCAAGAUAGGAAGUGGCUUUGACGUGGCCAGCGCGGUUUACGGCUCCUGUGUCUAUCGCAGGUUCAGUCCCUCGCUCAUCAGCAAACUGCCCAGCCCGGGCCAGCCAGGCUUCGGUUCUGCGCUGGUGUCGCUCGUCAACCAGGGUGACUGGGAUUGCGAGAUCAACAAGGACAUGCUCGGCAAGGGCCUUCCCAGUGGUCUGGCUAUCCGUAUGUGUGAUGUCGAUUGCGGAACGCAGACCGUUGGUAUGGUGAAGAAGGUGCACGAGUGGAAGUCGGCAAACCCGGAUCGUGCCGAACAGACGUACAAUGAGCUGCAACAUUGUGUUGACCACCUUGCCAGCAUCAUUCGUCAUCAGAAGAUUGAUGAGAUUGGCACGGCUAUGAGGCCUUUGCGUGAUUUGAUGCGUCGCAUGGGUAACGAGGCUGGUGCCCAAAUUGAGCCCGAGACCCAGGAGGCGAUGCUUAACGAGCUGGAGAAGGUUCCUGGUGUCUAUGGCACUGUUGUGCCGGGAGCUGGCGGUUACGAUGCCGCUGCCGUGGUGAUGAAGGAUGAUGCUGAGACGGAGAAGCGCGUGAAAGAGUUCUUGAGGAGCUGGAGCAAGGAGAGGGGGAUCCAGGUGCGACUACUGAGGGUCAAGGGGGAGACACAGGGUGUGAGGACCGAAGAUGUGAAGGAAUUCGCUAGUUGGUUGUAUGCCACUAACUGA